AUGCCCUCCAACGCCGCCGAAGGCCUCCUCCACGUUCAUCCGCUGCAGCGUACGGAGUCGCCGUCUGUUGGGCGUCGUAAUGGCGGCUUCGGCGGCGUUGGAAGGAGGGCAUUGACCGGAUACGACAGCAACCUACGUGGACCGUGUUGGAUCGGUGAAAAGGAGCAAGGUGAACGCACAUACUACCACACAGAGGUCGCUGUCACUCUUCGACUUCACAUUGCCGCUCUUCCAAUCUCCCCAUCCGACAGCAACAACCACCACGCUCGUCACGUCACACCCGUCACGAUGGUCAAGCGCAAGCACGACUGGGAGCCGCUCGAGGUUCGCCUGGCGAAGACCUUCUGCUAUUAUUGCGACCGUGAGUUCAACGAUGAAAAGGAGCUCACCGAUCAUCAAAAGGCCAAACACUUCAGGUGCAGUCAGUGCAACCGUCGCCUUAACACGGUAGGCGGUCUCUACGUUCACUUGGAGCAAGUACACAAGAUCAAACUCACCGAAGUCCCCAACUGCACCAUUGAAGGUCGCGGCAUGGUCGUCAGAGAGCAAGAAAUCUACGGAAUGGUCGGCGUCCCUGAGCACCUCAUCAAGGCCCGCAUCGCCGAGAUCACCCAGGCGUUCUACAGCGAAGAGGCCGAGUACCGCGCGAAGACCGGCAAUUCUCUCGACACUGGCAACGUCGUCGCCCCAGAGAUCAAGAAGCAGAAGAAGGAAGAGGACAUGAAGAAAGGCGUGGCGAACGCGAAGGAGGUGAUUGCUCGCAGAAAAGCCGCGCAGGCUGCCGCAAAGGCUGCUGCUGAGGCCGGACACCCUCCUCCGUCAGCCUCGCCAGGCGUGCCGUCGAACACUGAAGAGGCGACCGCCGCACCAUACACACCGCCAACCGCGAUGCAAGCUCCUGUGACGAUGCAGCACAACAACGGACAGCCUGCACCUUUCAAUCACAACAGUCAGUACACCCCACCACAGCACAUGUAUCAACCUGCCUACCACAACGGCGGCAUGCAAGCCCACACUCCAAACGCCUAUCACAACGGCAUGCAAGCCCACAACCCAAACGUCUAUCACAACGGCAUGCAAGCUCAGGCCCCACCCGGCAUUUCAAUGUACGGUGCUGCAUCCCCCUACAAUUCAUCGUUCAGCCAUCAGAACGCUGCCGUGCCUCGUAUGGCACAUGGCCCACCUCACACCACCACUCUGCCGCCGGCCCAACACCACGGACUUCCCCCUCGUCCCACCUCCGGCUAUCAACUCUACCCAACCGCCCCUACCCAAGCUUCCGGAGCUUCCUUGCCUCAGAAAAUGGCCAAACUCCCGACUCCGAUGCUGUUAGCACAAGAUCAAUCGUUCCCGCAGAGAUGUUCCGCAUCUUGCAGGGCUGUGGCCUGUGGGCUCCUCGGAAUCGCUGUUGCGGAGCUGUUUCUCUGCAGAGAGGUGGGGUUUCCGGUCAGUGUGAAGUCCCUUUCCGUUGGCCGUUUCCUCAAUGUAGGAGGAGUUCACUCGAGUACUAUGGUCACUUGUGAGAGCUCUCUCGAUCGCAGUAAGAACGACUACGCUGCUUGUUGCGGUGCUGUUGGUAUAAGAUUCAGCGUUCUUGCAGAGCUGUUUUAUGUCUGCAGAGCUGUGGGCACAUCGGCAAGUAUACCAGAUUCAAUCGCUUUCGCAGAGCUAUCUUGUGUCCGCGGAGCUGUGGUCUCAUCGGCAGGUUAUGCCAUGUGGAAGGAGGCAGACACCAAUCUCGCCAUCAUGCAGUGCUGCCUUGAGGAGCGCACCUUUGGCGCCUUCAUCAUGAAACGUCAGAUCAGGCUUUGCAAGGAGGAUGAUGACGGAAUGUGCACAUUGAGCUCCCCGUCCGAGGCCUCAGAGAAGUACUUCAAUGACUUCAAAGACAACGAGAAGUUUCUCUAG